AUGGUAGGUGGGCAAGUCACUGAGUCAGACACCCAGACCAACGAUGGACGCUACGAACGCUACGCUGGCACGGGCCCCAACCGGUUUGGUAGAAGCGCAGACCACGGCGAAGUCGUUUUCAUUCCGCAUUCAACAAAAGAUGAUGAAUGUGGAGCAGCACAUGCUUUAAACCAAAACCGUUUUAUCCCAAAAAACAUCGCAGAUUUACUAGUUCUAGAUGUUCCAUUUGCCAUAGAAUUAGUACGUGGGGAGGAGAGUAACGAGAGUGCUUGCUGA